GGGGCUGAGGGCGGGGUGAGCGCGAGGCGUCCGACCCGGAACAGCAACCGACCUCCACGUCUCUGAGACGCCCCCGGCAGCAGGGGCAAGGAUGGUCUCCGCCAAGCAGCUAGCGGACUUCGGGUACAAGGCCUUCUCCGGCUCCAUGAUGCUUCUGACCGUCUACGGGGGCUAUCUCUGCAGCGCCAGAGUUUACCGUUACUUCCAGCGCCAAAAAGCCCUGAAGCAGCUUGAACAGAACCAGCUAAACCCAGGGACCAUGGAAGACUGACUGCUGCUCCCUGGCUGACCGCAUGCUGAGAGACAUUUAAUGAGCAACGCGGAGGCUAUGUUGAGAUUACUUCUGCUGCAGUAAUCAGGUAGCAAGUGCAACCCUUCCAGAUCACAGAUGAGGGCUAGUUUAGAUCAUCCGGGGUUUUCCUCCCGCACACUAAGGUGUCUUGUUUCUCUGCACUAGCGAGAGGUUACAAAGUAACUCUGUGUAAGCAUGUUUUGAUCAUGUGAUAAUUAAAUAUUUUACUUAUU